AUGGCCAUUCCGAUUCAACUGAAUCGGCCGGAUCUCAGCACUAGCGAUGCGCCCUGCGAUAAUCCAACCUACUCCUUCAAAAUACUUUACAAGACUGACGUUUCGUUUCCCGUUGAUCGUUUAUUCCGUUUGCUUUGUUUAUCCAGCGGCGCAUCACCGCUGCUACUACUAUAUGCCCUGUUGCUCACUUUAUCAUCAUCAUCAUCAUCAUCAUCAUCAUCAUCAUCAUCAUCAUCAUCAUCAUCAUCAUCAUCAUCAUCAUCAUCAUCAUCAUCAUCAUCAUCAUCAUCAUCAUCAUCAUCAUCAUCAUCAUCAUCAUCAUCAUCAUCAUCAUCAUCAUCAUCAUCAUCAUCAUCAUCAUCAUCAUCAUCAUCAUCAUCAUCAUCAUCAUCAUCAUCAUCAUCAUCAUCAUCAUCAUCAUCAUCAUCAUCAUCAUCAUCAUCAUCAUCAUCAUCAUCAUCAUCAUCAUCAUCAUCAUCAUCAUCAUCAUCAUCAUCAUCAUCAUCAUCAUCAUCAUCAUCAUCAUCAUCAUCAUCAUCAUCAUCAUCAUCAUCAUCAUCAUCAUCAUCAUCAUCAUCAUCAUCAUCAUCAUCAUCAUCAUCAUCAUCAUCAUCAUCAUCAUCAUCAUCAUCAUCAUCAUCAUCAUCAUCAUCAUCAUCAUCAUCAUCAUCAUCAUCAUCAUCAUCAUCAUCAUCAUCAUCAUCAUCAUCAUCAUCAUCAUCAUCAUCAUCAUCAUCAUCAUCAUCAUCAUCAUCAUCAUCAUCAUCAUCAUCAUCAUCAUCAUCAUCAUCAUCAUCAUCAUCAUCAUCAUCAUCAUCAUCAUCAUCAUCAUCAUCAUCAUCAUCAUCAUCAUCAUCAUCAUCAUCAUCAUCAUCAUCAUCAUCAUCAUCAUCAUCAUCAUCAUCAUCAUCAUCAUCAUCAUCAUCAUCAUCAUCAUCAUCAUCAUCAUCAUCAUCAUCAUCAUCAUCAUCAUCAUCAUCAUCAUCAUCAUCAUCAUCAUCAUCAUCAUCAUCAUCAUCAUCAUCAUCAUCAUCAUCAUCAUCAUCAUCAUCAUCAUCAUCAUCAUCAUCAUCAUCAUCAUCAUCAUCAUCAUCAUCAUCAUCAUCAUCAUCAUCAUCAUCAUCAUCAUCAUCAUCAUCAUCAUCAUCAUCAUCAUCAUCAUCAUCAUCAUCAUCAUCAUCAUCAUCAUCAUCAUCAUCAUCAUCAUCAUCAUCAUCAUCAUCAUCAUCAUCAUCAUCAUCAUCAUCAUCAUCAUCAUCAUCAUCAUCAUCAUCAUCAUCAUCAUCAUCAUCAUCAUCAUCAUCAUCAUCAUCAUCAUCAUCAUCAUCAUCAUCAUCAUCAUCAUCAUCAUCAUCAUCAUCAUCAUCAUCAUCAUCAUCAUCAUCAUCAUCAUCAUCAUCAUCAUCAUCAUCAUCAUCAUCAUCAUCAUCAUCAUCAUCAUCAUCAUCAUCAUCAUCAUCAUCAUCAUCAUCAUCAUCAUCAUCAUCAUCAUCAUCAUCAUCAUCAUCAUCAUCAUCAUCAUCAUCAUCAUCAUCAUCAUCAUCAUCAUCAUCAUCAUCAUCAUCAUCAUCAUCAUCAUCAUCAUCAUCAUCAUCAUCAUCAUCAUCAUCAUCAUCAUCAUCAUCAUCAUCAUCAUCAUCAUCAUCAUCAUCAUCAUCAUCAUCAUCAUCAUCAUCAUCAUCAUCAUCAUCAUCAUCAUCAUCAUCAUCAUCAUCAUCAUCAUCAUCAUCAUCAUCAUCAUCAUCAUCAUCAUCAUCAUCAUCAUCAUCAUCAUCAUCAUCAUCAUCAUCAUCAUCAUCAUCAUCAUCA